AUGGUUGACCCAAUAUUCGAUUACCAAUUUAGGCUCAUCCUAAUUGGCGAUAGUACAGUAGGAAAAAGUUCGCUUCUAAAAUAUUUCACGGAUGGAAAAUUCGCUGAGCUCUCUGAUCCCACCGUGGGUGUUGAUUUCUUUGCUAGAAUUAUUGAAGUACAAGAUGGUACAAGAAUCAAAUUACAACUUUGGGACACAGCAGGCCAAGAAAGAUUCAGGUCUAUAACCAAAUCUUACUAUCGAAAUUCUGUUGGUGCUUUAUUGGUAUAUGAUGUGUGCAACAGAUCGAGUUUUGAGCAUAUUCCUUUAUGGAUGAUGGAAGCUAAAAGGCAUAUAGAGCCACAUAGACCAGUUUUUGCUUUGGUUGGAUGCAAAGUUGAUUUAGUUGGUACAGAUAACAAAAUUGGUGCCAGAAGAGAAGUGUCGUGUGAGGAGGCUAGGUUAUUCGCAGAAGAAAAUGGCCUACACCAUGUAGAAACCUCUGCCAAAACAGGCUUAAACGUAGAAGAGGCUUUUGUUCUAGUUGCCCAGGAAGUUUACAACCGUAUCCAAACAGGUGAAUAUAAAGUAGAAGAUGGUUGGGAUGGAAUUAAGACAGGCUUUAACAGACCAAACGGCAUGGACUUUAACCUCCUUGAGGCUGAAACUGUUCAAUCCACCUGCUGUUAG